AUGCUCCACCAUAACAUCAACACCGGUCCUGGUGUUCUCCUCCCAUCGAGCAAGAUAAUAAGAUCCAAACAAUUCCGGGAAAAGAAGCAGCCGACCCCCGGCUCUACAGGUGGCCGAAAGAAGAAAUCUACCGCCAAGACACCGUCUCCGGUAAAAGACAAGUCCGGAGGCACAGACAAACAACCUAGGGAAUCUGCGAAACCGCAAUUUGAAACACGAGAUGAGGAAGAAUCGGCUUCCACGUCUGACCGAACCGGCUCGCAGAAAACCGAUGAAAAUCCUUCCGAUAGAGAAGGACCAUUUGAAGAAGAUCAAUCGGCUACAAGUCUUGACAAUGCGGAAAGGCAUGUUGCGGGAACACCGAAGGCUAAAUUACAGCUCUUGGUGUUGGAUAAGCUUGAGAUAAAGAAAGGAGAAUUCACUGAAGAAAUAGAUCGGCUUGACGCGGUGCACAGACAGCGAGAAACAGCGCAUUCUCCGCGUCUUGAGACCAAUGACGGUCAGAAUCGAGGUGAAACACCUCCUCUAGCGGAUCCGGUCAUAAACGAAACUGACGAAAGAACAAAGACUCCUUUCACCGGGCCAUUUGAAACGGAUCGACCGGGGGAUACAGAACCGGUUGUCACAGAGGAAAAAGUAAAGACUCUUAUUCAAGAGUUUGCCAACUCAAAGGUUCGACCGUGGAAGAGGAAAAUCAAGAAAGUCGCGCGCCAAACAAUCCUGUUAGCCGAAAAGACGAGGGAUGAUCUUGUAAAGGCAGAGGUACGGAUCACAGACAUCGAAGACGACUACCGGAACGACACGGUUCUGCACAACGAUCAUCUUCAGCAAACCGAGGACUUGGAAGAUAAGACCUCAAGGAUGGUGGAUGACAUGGGUCGGUUUGAAAGGGAAACCGAGCAACAGCUCACAAAGGUCGAUGAAGACCUGGGGCGGUCAUGCAACGAAGCCGCUUCCACACUCAACAAAGUCAUUAGCCUCGAGGAAAAGAAUGCAAGCCUUGAGGACCGGAAUACCCAACUUGAAGCCAAUCUCAAGGCGCUAACCGAACAGAAGACCAAGGCGGCUUCUUCCUCUCCAGUUCCGGCAAAACGAAAACGGAAAACACCAUCAAGGAAGGUUCAAAUAGCCGGAAUGCUGGAAAGGAUUACCGAGACAAUCAUUGAAACUCAACCGAAUCCAUCUAUGCACACCGAGGAUGAACUUGAAGAAAACCUCGAGCCGUGUUCUACAGGACAGCGAGUCUCCAAUGCGGUUCCAAUCAGCACGGGCGGUCAACCGCAAGCUGAAGGUUCAUCUUCAAGACCGGAUCAACCGGAUGAGGAAGAACCAACCGAUGCUAUGAUGAAAGACUUCAUAUUUUCCGAAUCAGAAUAG